AUUGUGGAUGUGUGAAGGGCCUGCGUCUAUGGAGAGAACUUCUAAUAAAAGAUGGGGGUUUUGCUUUGAUGCAAAUCCAGUUCAUGCAGUUAAGGGCCUAUGAAUUAGGGUGGUUAUAGAAGGUCCUUGACAGCUGUUUGGAGGUCUAUUUGAGACUAGAGAGAAAAUGGACUUGCAGCACCUAGAAGGAAAAGGCUCUCACGCUGCUCAGGGUAAAAGCUGUGAGGAGCUUUGGAGAAGAAUGGGGCAGAAGAUGCAAAAGGAAGAAAACAUCACUUUGGAUACCUCACGCCAACGCUUCAGGAACGUCCGCUACCAGGAGACUGUGGGGCCCCGCAAGGUUUGCAGCCAACUCUACCACCUUUGUUGUCAGUGGUUGAAGCCAGAGAAGCACAGCAAGGCUGAGAUCCUGGACCUGGUGAUCCUGGAGCAGUUCCUGGCCAUCCUGACCCCGGAGCUGGGAAGCUGGGUGAGAGAGUGUGGAGCAGAAACCAGUUCCCAAGCAGUGGCCCUGGUGGAAGGCUUCCUCCUGAGCCAGGCCGAGGACAAGAGGCAGGGGAAGCUGCAGUUGUUUCCGAUGUGGGGACCAUUGGUGGAAGUGGUCGCUGAGUGGCCCAAACCAAGGGUGCCUCUGUCUAAAUCCUCCCAGGAGCUGUUCUUGGGGGUGAACUCUCCAAAGGGUCAAGCUCAGGACAUGUCACCAGAGAGCAGAACAACAUUGCUGGAUCUUGUAGAAACAUCUCCUCUUCAUGUUGAAGCAGAAACUGCAGAUAUGGUCCCAGUUCAGGGUCCUGUAUCCUUCAAGGAUGUCACUGUGUGUUUUACCAAAGAGGAGUGGACUCUCCUGGAUGCUGACCAAAAAGCUCUGCAUGAGGAAGUCAUGCUGGAGAAUUCUAGGAAUGUGACUUCUCUGGUUGACGGCCCGCAGAAUAAAAAUUACCAUCAGACGGAUAUGGUCCUAUUACAAAAAAACAAGCAAGGAAAGGAAGAAGAGAUUUUUGGAAGCCCACAGAGGCCAAGAAUGCAUGAGGGACAUCAGUCAAACAAAAGAGAUGAUGAAUCCUCUGUUUUUCUGCAUGUGGAAAUCCAGGGAUUCCCAAUUCCUCAGAAUGAUAACAGAAAUAAAAGGGGAGAGUGUUUAGGGAAACUAUUCCAAGAUAAAUCAGAUUUAUAUAAAAAUUGCAAAAAUUUCACUAAAAAUAACCAGGACAAUUGCAGAGCGAAUGGAAAAAGUUGCAAUCAAAUCUCUCCUCUUUCAUUACAGCAAAGAGUGUAUAUAAGCGGGAAACCAUAUAAUUGGGCAGAAUGUGGGAAACAUUUCAGCAAGAGCAGUAACCUUACAACACAUGAAAGGAUCCGCACAGGAGAGAAACCUUAUCCAUGCUUGGAAUAUGGAAAGACCUUCAGGCAGAGUGGUUUCCUUACUUCCCAUAAAAGGAUCCCCACGGGAGAAAAACCUUAUAAAUGCAUGGAGUGUGGGAAAAAGUUCAGAAAGUGCAGCCAUCUUACUUCCCAUAAAAGGAUCCACACCGGGGAAAAACCACAUACAUGCAUGGAAUGUGGAAAAAGGUUCAGGAGAUGCAGUGACCUUACUUCCCAUAAGAGGAUCCACACAGGAGAGAAACCAUAUCAAUGUAGCAAAUGUGGGAAAAAUUUCUAUGACAGUAGUAGCCUCACUUCCCAUAAAAGGACCCACACAGGGGAAAAACCAUAUAAAUGCAUGGAGUGUGGAAAGAGCUUCAGGCACAGUAGUUCCCUUACUUGCCAUAAGAGGAUCCACACAGGAGAGAAACCAUAUAAAUGUGACAACUGUGGGAAAAGCUUCUACUACAGUAGUGGCCUUACUUCCCAUAAAAGGAUCCACACAGGAGAGAAAGCUUAUAAAUGCAUGGAGUGUGGAAAAAACUUCAGAGAGAGCAACCAUCUUACUUCCCAUAAAAGGAUCCACACAGGGGAAAAGCCAUAUAAAUGCAUGGAGUGUGGAAAAAGCUUCAGGAGAUGCAGUGGCCUUACUUCUCAUAAGAGGAUCCACACAGGAGAGAAACCAUAUACAUGUAACAAAUGUGGGAAAAGCUUCUAUGACAGUAGUAGCCUCACUUCCCAUAAAAGGACCCACACGGGGGAAAAGCCAUAUAAAUGCAUGGAAUGCGGAAAGAGCUUCAAACAGAGUAGAUUCCUCACUUCCCAUAAAAGGACCCACACAGGGGAAAAACCAUAUAAAUGCACAGAGUGUGGAAAGAGCUUCAAACAGAGCAGAUCCCUUACUUCCCAUAAAAGAAUCCAUGCAGGGGAGAAAUCAUAUACGUUUAUGGAAAAUGGAAAGAGCAUCAGUCAUUGUGAUGACCUGGUUUCUCAAAGAGAAAGCAAGACGGGAGAUGCUGUGGAGCAAGAGAAGAUCCUUGGUGCGAGCAGAUACUUGACAUUAUGGAAUUCACCCAUAAUGUGACAAAUCAUGCAAAUCAGAGGUGUACUUCAAAAAUUGACAAUUUGUUAAUGUUUUAUAUAUUUCAUCACUUUCACCUCUAAUAGUUGGAAUCAUUGCCCUAUCUUUCUUUUGUUUUAAGCGAUUAGCCAAAAUCUUGCCAGGUUUCACCAUUCUCCCAGUAUGUCUGUUCAUAGGCAUGUUAGCAUGAAUUCUGUCUGCUGUGAUGUUACAGUAUUUAGUUCAUAUUUCUUUUUCUGUAUUUUUCUGUACAAAGUAGUAGAUGGGCAUCUUAACUACCUGUGCUCAUAAAUGUUUCAAUUCGUCUUUCAAAUUACUUUCCCUUUUAUUUUUAAUCUUGUUUUUGUAUGACACAAGCAAUCAUUCGACCUUGGAUAUAUGUUUUAUAUGCUUCCCAUUCAAAAAUUAGAUGUUUCUGAUGUUCCUGAGUUCAAAUCAAAGUAUUGUAAGGUCUCUACCCACAUUGGUUUACAAAUUCUUUAUCAUUCAACAAGGAGACAUUGAAAUACCAAUUUCUCGAUUAUCUUGACCAGUUUCUGA